AUGGUGGCGUUUGCUGCCAACAGCCCGUGCCUGGCUGGCGUGUGCCGCUCUGAGGGGAGGCUGCCUGGGCCUACCUGCUGCACAGCUGUUCCUGAACCGCGGAGGAAGCUCCUUGCUUCACCCGCCGGGCAGCGUGUGCGGGACGUGUCCCUGCCCUGCGUGGUGGGGUGGGAGGCAGUGGCAGCUGAGGAGAGGGCUGCUCUCUUCAGGGGCUGGGGCCGCUGGGGGGUCGUGGCAGAGCUGGGGUGGGCACAGGCCCUCCCGGUGUCUCCCAGAGGAGGUGCUGCAGGCCUGGGGCGCGCUGCUGCCCGGGCCCGAGCUGUGGUGGUGGAGGAUGUCCAUGAAGUGCCUCUGGGACUGCGGAUUACAAAGCCAUUGACAUUUGCUGACUGUGUUGGUGAUGAGCUUCCUUUAGGAUGGGAAACUGUUUACGAUCAACAGAUUGGAGUUUAUUAUAUGGACCACAUAAAUCAGCUCACACAAAUUGAGGACCCAAGGGAGCAAUGGAGAAGGGAGCAGGAACGCAUGCUAAAGGAAUAUUUAAUAGUUGCCCAGGAGGCACUCAAUGCCAAGAAAGAGAUUUACCAAAUAAAGCAGCAGCGUUUUGAACUUGCCCAAGAAGAAUAUCAACAAUUGCACAAAAUGUGUGAGGAUGACAGCCGUUCUUAUGCCAGCUCAUUCUCUGGAUUUUCAACUAAUACCAAGUAUGACCCAUAUCAGAUUAAAGCAGAAAUAGCCAGCCGUCGUGACAGACUUUCUAGGCUAAAACGCGAAUUGGCACAGAUGAAGCAGGAGCUGCAAUAUAAGGAAAAAGGAGUGGAAACUCUGCAAGAGAUUGACCGUAAGAUGUCAAGUGCUCAUACAAAUUAUAGACUGGAUGAGGCACAAGCUAUAAUGAGUGAGCUUCGAACCAUAAAGAAAGCUAUAUGCACAGGUGAAAAAGAAAGGCAGGACCUUAUGCAG